UUACAGCACUAUUUCAAUUAUCAUCUUUUUCCGAAAAAUCAGAGGCAAUGUGCCAGUUUUUCGAUAAACGUGGCUAUCCUGUUUCUGUCGUUCAAGCGGGCCACCACCGUGCCCAAAAAAUCGAUCUACAGUCAGCACUACAAACGGCUGAGAAGGAAAACACUGACCGCAUUCCAUUUACUCUAACAUUUCACCCUCACAACCACGCAGUUAAAUCUAUCAUUCUUAAAAAUUUUAAAUUACUCCAAAACGAUUCAGAGACUGGCAUUAUCUUUUCGCAACCCCCACUUAUUUCAUUCAAACGUGACAAAAACAUAGGCAACUUUUUAGACAGGAGUUCAUUUCAAACCAAUGACCCAUCUGGAACUUUUAAAUGCGCUCGCUCACGAUGCAAAACUUGUUCUUUCAUUCAUAACGUAGAGAAAAUAUCGGGACCCAAGAGAUCCAUUAAGAUCAUUGAUCACUUUACGUGUACCUCCGCCAAUGUUAUUUACUGCAUAACUUGCACUUAUUGCAAUAAGUUAUACAUCGGCGAAACAGGAAGACGACUAGGUGACCGAUUCCGCGACGUGGAAAGAAAUGACAAGGACGCAUCCAAACCAGUCGCUAGACACUUAAAUCUUCCUAAUCAUUCUAAACAGCAUAUGGCAGUUUGCGGCCUUUCCUUACAUCUAGGCAGUUCGGAAAGCCGUAAAACACUAGAACAAAAAUUUAUCUACCAAAUCGGCACCCUUAAUCCCCACGGAAUCAAUGAGCGCUUUUCCUUCAACUAAUUUAUUCCUGUUUUCUCGUCACUAUAUUCCCACCAAUGGCGUAGCUCCACUUUCUGCCUAUAAACCCACUCACAACCCACAAUUCCUCCAAUCGCUCUGACAAAGGGCUAACGCUCGAACGCUUUUUUACUCUUUACGGUAGCUAAUUUACGUUUUCAACCCAGUUGUUAACACUAAAUUACCAGCUUUAGCUCAGCUCUGUGUUUUUCACUCUAAUGUAGAACGCUCUAUCAACCAAUGACAGCGCGUGUUCUAUCCGAACUUAACCUUAACACAACAUAAAUCAAUGUCUGCUACGCUUCCUAAUUAGAGAGAUUUUCGAUUGAGUUUUGUAAAACCAAAACCAACUUGAUAACAUCGGCCAAACAGAUAAAAUGUGGACAUCACAAGUAGUCAACGACCUCAAAGGCGCAAAGUGGAUUGAACGAAAUUGCAAUUGGUUUCAAUUCUAGAGUCUGCAUAAAGACCAUGGCGCGAGUUCUCUGAAUCAUUCCUAUAGCGCAUUGAAGAAUAAUCAAUGCAGCGCCAGAUUGUUUUCAAAAUUCUAUCGAAAAUUGCUCAUGGUUCGCAUGAUUAGUGAACAGAGAAAAGUAGGUGACGUGCCUGUCACCUACAAACAACAUGUCAAAAAACCGCAAAAAAUAAGCCAACAAUGAAAACAACUGACAACUUAGGAAUAAUUAGCAUUCCAAAGUUUCAUGAAAACCAUUUGUCGGUCGGCAAAAGAUAUCUCGUCAUUGAAAAAUUUCAUGCUACGGGCGCACGCUCUAAAUAGCAGCAGUUUCUAAAUUUGGAUCUCUUUACAAUUUCGCCGACUUAAUGUAAUUUUAAAUUUGAACAGGAAUUCGUUAUCAGCAACAAAAAGAUAAUAUUUUAUCAUGCACCUAAAGGGCCCUAGUCAAAUUUAAUUUCUUCUCAACAAUAAGCAUUUUCCUCUUGUCAUAUCACUUACAUUUGUAAAGUUGCUCAAAAGUAUCUUCUACUACCUUUGUUGCUGCAGAUACACAGGUUGCAUAAACAUUUAUCAUCAUGAUAAGUCUGUAUAUGAAAUAAUGGCCCAGUCAACAAGUCAAUUUUGAGAUAAACUCACCAGUCCUAAACGACGAAGAGGAACAACUCAAGUUGAAAAAACUUUCAUCCGGAAAUGGCUCUCAUAACAAGGCAAAAUGAACUAAGAAUUUGCUCGAACUUGAACAAAGCAUUCUACGACUUGAGAAACAUAUUCAUCAUUGUGUUUUCAAGAUCUACAGAGAAUGAUUUUGGAGAACGCCUUAGCAAAGAAACUGUUCAUUGUUCCAUAACACAAAGGAUGUAAGGCGCUGGGAAGGCAAAUCAAAAUAAAAUUAUAAUCAAUAAAGAGUCGAUGAUAUCUAAAUUGAUACUCAGUGAUGUUACGAACCCUUUCCCACACAUAAUGGGCUUGAUACGGAAAAUAACAAACAACAUAAAUGAUAAUAAGCACAAAAAUCAUUUUAAGUAAAUCUUUCUCCGGGUCUGUGUUUUCGGGUUUGCUGUCUCUUCGGUUAUUCUGUUCGAGCAGAACACUUCUUCGUUCCUCCAUUCUCGCACCAUCUCGUAACUCUUGGAGUUCAGUUUCAACACCACAAGAGGAAGUAACAAUCGAAUCUCGAUUUCUUCUCUUAAUCUGCACAAUUCGUCUCCUUAAGUUCCACGCCACCGCUCCGUAAGAUGCCAGCAUUAUCACAUAAGGUAAAGCGUAGUUCAGGAUGAAUCUGAUGGCUACAUAGGAUCUAUUACUUACGACAGGCAGCUCCAUGCAUACACCAUUUCCAAAUCUGAGACCAAAGAAAAAGGGGCAGGCGAUUGCAAAUGACAACAGCCACAACCCAGAUAUGGUCAGAAUUGUUAUUGUCUUUACUGAUGAUGGUGUGCGUGGAAGAGGGUUUACAAUGAAUCUGUAACGAUAAAAAGCGAUGGCAGCCAGUGAGUAGAUCACAACGAGAAGAGCAAUUACUUGGAACGGAUUCAAAAUGCAUGCGGCUUCUUGAAGAACGACGUCAGUUGGAUUCUGCCAGCUUGCAAACAUGACGGCCAAACAAACGCUGCUUAGAAUUUCCGCGAAGGCCAUGUUAGCGACGAGAUAGUAGGAGAGAGGCUUGCGGGAAGGUAUGGUACACACAGCAUAACAAACCAUCAAAUUGCCGAUUAUACUGGCCGAGAUGAUAACGGAGAACAGGGUUAAACGGAAAAUGUAAAGGGCUUUUGAUUCUUCAUACUGUUCGACCCAAGUAUUUGCUCCAAUAGAGGAGGGCUCGGUUGAGUUUGUGAUGUUUGUAUAGUUACUGGACGGCAUUUUGGUCUUCUUCAGCUGACACCUUAGAGGGUUUAAAUCACAUUGUUAGAUCAGAAUAUUUAAGACUUUCGUGAGCUCUCGUGCCACUUCAAAGUUCAAUGAGGCGAAAGAACUAUUGCAACUAUCAACAAAGAGGCUUUCUCAAAAUUUGAAUAUCGUUAAAUGUUUCGCAAUGAUCUCGACAAUAACACGCGAU